AUGGCUCAACUUUGCAAUACCUGUCAACAAAUUGACCUUCAUGCUCUUUUUAGGAAUCACAACAAAAUCCGGCGCUCUCGUGAAGAGAACAUCGACCUUACCUUAGGCACCUUGUCCGAGGUGCGACAACGCUCCGUCGACUGUGUUUUCUGCAAGCUCUUGACAAACCCACGGACUCUGUGGCCGCGAUGUGGGGAUGAUCCCAACAGCGGCCCCAGGGAGGACUGGACGUUGCAUUUGUCGAACGCUGCGGCCAGAUUUCUGGCAGAUCCGAUGGGCUAUUUGGACUGGGAUCGGAUCCCGCCGCCCAUUAGCUGCAAUGUUUACGCUUAUCUAACACCGCCAGGCGAUUCCAGGUCUCUUAUCGAGAUGGUUCGGGGAAGCAAAGACAAAAUUAGAUAUUUGAAAAGUCUUGAAGAAGGCAGAAAUUCGUUCUUGCACAUGAUCUCUGCAGAUCACCUUACGGAGGGCCGCCAGAUCUCGGAUUCACUAAGUUCUUCGAUCCACAUUCUCAAAGACUGGAUUGUGCGCUGUGAGAAGAAUCACAAGACCUGCAAAAAAGGAUUAGAUGCGAAGCCCACAGAUACUUUGCGCCGGUUCUUUACUUCAAAGGCCUCUCAACUACUGUCACAUGGGGAAACACCUCAAGGAGAACGCUUCGGCAAAUACUUUAAGUUGAUCGACGUGCAGAGUCAAAGAAUUGUGUCCGGUGCUGUCAACUCACGCUACGUUGCGUUGAGCUACGUCUGCGGUGACCCGUCCACGAAUAUCCCUAUUGACUGGCAGCACGGACCAUCUGCCCGAUACCCAUACAUACCACUCCGUCUGCCAAAUACCAUCAAGGAUGCUCUGAAACUGACAGCGCUUCUUGGGGAGCGGUAUCUGUGGGUAGAUUCUCUUUGCAUCAUCCACAAUGACCAGACUGAGCUGUUUACAUUAUUGCAGUCCAUGGCAUCCAUCUACAGUAAAGCUGUAUGCUGCCUGGCUGUUGUGAGUGGCGUCAACGCCGACUCUGGCAUUCGGGGAAUUGGCGUAUCUCGUGAAGGAGAAAAACUGCAGCAUUGUGCCAAACUCCAGAACUGCACGAUAGGCCUAAGCCUCCCUCCGUUCCACCACAUCCUUGAAAGGAAGACAUACUACAAUCGAGGGUGGAUCUUUCAAGAAGGGCUUCUUUCUCGUCGCACGAUCUACUUGACCGAACGAGAAGCCUUCUUCAGCUGCGGAGAAACCUUCGAACGAGAGUCAAUCUGGGAAUCUUACAAAUCACACUCUUCCCCAGCUUAUUUCGGAGUCGUUAACCCGUCAGGAAACUUUCACAACGAUCUGGCUAAGCACAAUUUCAAGUCUGGAUACUAUUCAUUUUCUGAUUAUGGCAGACAUGUCGAAGAAUAUACUAAACGAUCAUUCACUUACCCUGUCGACGUCAUGUACGCGUUCACCGGUACCGCAAGGCUGAUAGGCAAGCAUAUGCAAGCAUCCAUGCACUAUGGAAUCCCUCUCGGUGUACCACCAUGGGGCGAACAAGAAUCUCUGGUCUGGCUCACUCUCGCUUGGGAACCACAAGUUAUGGGAACCGAAAGGCGCUGGGGGCCAGUGGAGUUUGAUUUUUCUACGCCGGGGCGUGUACUGCGACUGGCAGAUCCCAAUAGCCCGACAGGAGAAGAACCACAGCACGCCUUCCCCUCUUGGAGCUGGUACUCACUGACGGGGCCUAAGUUUUAUGCGAUUGACAGCGCCGAGCAAAUCAAAAAGCAGAUGAUAUCGCUCCUUGACGAAGAGGGCGUGCGGAACGUUAAUCAUAUAACGCAAGGCUCCGGAGGAAGAUUUCCUGACCCUGGAUUUUUGUCAGACCCCCUAGCCAUGGAUGAAGACAUCAUCAGGACUAGCCCGGAAGAUCCGACCGACGUCGUACAACAGGUUCUGGCUGAUUUAGCGUAUUACGACAUGGUCAAGACUCACCAGAGAACACUUCCCAAUGGCGUUUUGCUCUUGGUGAGUAACAUGGUCCGUGUGCAGCUAGACGAGGAUUUUGCAAACUGGUCGCUGAACAUACUCGGAAACCCCUUGAAGAAUAUCCACGGCGGAGCUAAGAUUGGACAUGCAGUUAUGCAUGGAAACCGCAACACCGAACUUGUACCAGAAGAUAAAGUCGUGUAUUUUGCCUCAUUACUUGAAUUUGUGGUACCGGAUGAGAUGACAGUUUCCAUCACGUACUCCAGCCGCAGUGAUUGGGAAGACGACGACACAGCCAUCCUGGGAUUGAUACUCGGCGGUGGACCUCCUACGACUGAUAACGACUGCAAACCCCUGGAACGUCUAGGUAUCGGCUCCAUCCCAAGGUCCGUGUGGGAUAAAUUGGAUGUUGACGUAAAGGUUUUUUAUCUCAUCUAG